AUGUGCACCCAUGAGGGAUACAAUGUUGCUUAUGUGAUUUUAGAUAUAUUUAUAGUUUUCUCCAUUUAUGUUACUGCAAUAGUAGAUACGGGUUCCACCCAUUCUUAUAUUUGUUAUAAAUUGGUUCAAGAGAGGAAUAUUUCAGUCGAGGAUUUAGAAAUAGGGGUCAGAGUGUCUAGUACCCUAGGAUUAGACAUUUUGGUUAACAAGGUUCACCGUUGUUGCCCCAUAGAGCUCCAAGGUGAAGUAUUCUUAGCCGAUUCGAUAGAUCUCCCAUUUCGCGAAUUCGAUGUGAUAUUAGGCAUGGAUUGGCUUACUGAGAAUGAUGCAAGUUUAAGGUGCAAGAUAAAACAAAUUAAACUUCACAAGGACGAUGGGACUAAAGUAGUGAUGACCAAUUGGAGUUCAGUUGUGGAUACGCGUGUUUCUAUUUUGACGCUUGAGGAUAUUCAUAUUGUCCGAGAGUUCUCCGAUGUGUUCCUAGAGGAGUUUCCAGGGUUAUCACCAGAAAGUGAGACUGAGUUUAGUAUAGAGAUUAUGUCAGGAUCAGCUAUGGUGUCCAUUGCACCCCACCGUAUGGCACUGACAAAGUUGAAGGAACUAAAGAACCAAAUUCUAGAGUUUUUGGACAAGGGUUUUAUUUGA